AUGUACCUCCGGUUGAAUCGGGAGCAGACAUGCCACCUGGAGUCGGAGCGCAGCGCCCUGAAGAGGAGGGAGUGGGAGCGCAGGACCCAGGAGGUCCAGCAGGACGAGGACCUCUUCUCCACCGGGUUCAACCUGUUUGGAGAACCGUACAAAACCAGUAAAGGCGACGCUCUGGCCAGCCGGGUGCAGAACACUCUGGGCUCCUACGAGGAGAUGAAGGACCUGCUGACCAGCCACUCCAACCAGAGCCACCUGGUGGGCAUCCCCAAAGGCAGCGCCGCCGCCGCCGCCGCCGGCAGCCUGCAGCCGGCGCCCAGCACGGCGGCGGCGGCGGCGGAGCGGAGCGGCGUGGACGCCCAGCUCUUCCCGGAGGGAGGCGGGGACAAGAGGAUUGGAAGUGGUCCCGCCUCCUCGGCGCCCAUGCAGCCGCCGGCCUCCGCCUCCUCGUCGUCCGGCGCCGCGGCGAACCCUCACCAGAGCUCCAAGAAGUCCCGGAGCUCCGCGGACUGGUCCAGGGGAGGCCACGCCCCCGGCGCCCAGCCACCGGGCCUGGUGGGGGGGUUAGGGCAGAACGGGCAGGGCCAGGGCGCCGCCGGAGCGCCCGGCGCCAGGGCGAAGGUGUCGCUGCUGGAGGAGCAGCAGAUGCAGCGGCACGAAGAGCUGUUCAGCUCGCUGAAGGACGAGCUGGGUCUGAAAGGAGACUCCAGCCCCUCGUCCUCCUCCACCUCCUCCUCUUCCUCCUCCUCUUCCUCCAGACGCCACUCUUCCCACCCGGCUAAACCCCUCCCACUGCCAGAUGGCGGCACGUUCCGAUCCUCUGCGAUAGACUCCGCCCACUUCAAGUCUUCCACUAACACAGACAGCGGCGGCCACUUUAAGUCCUCGCCGUUUGACGCUGAAGCGGGCGCUCACCUGUCCACGUCCUCGUCUCCGCUGGCCUCCACCUCCGUCCUGACCACGCCCACUCCCGGGCUGACCACGCCCACGUCCGGACUGACCACGCCCACCUUCCCGCCCGGCAGCCUGUCGGGGAAGCCCACGGCCGUGCAGCAGAAGCCCACGGCGUACGUCCGGCCGAUGGACGGCCAGGACCAGGCCCCCAGCGACUCGCCCCAGCUCAAACCCCCCCUGGUGGCCACGGAGGGCUUCAGCAGCGGCCAGGCCUACGGAGGAAACGCCGGCAACGCCAAGAACAAACUGCCGAAGCUCAGCCUCAACCACACCGGAGAGGUCAGCCUCCCCAACGACUCCAGCUGUGUGGAAGAGAUUCUGCGGGAGAUGACCCAUUCCUGGCCUCCUCCGCUCACUGCCAUACACACCCCUGGAAAAGCCGAACAGACCAAGUUCCCCAUCCCGAGCAAGGAGUCGCAGCAUGUGACCUCAGGCUACAACACCCAGAAGCGAUGUACUGUAUCAGCUAACAAGCCCGCUGCUGCGAAACCACCCACUGCACCACAGAAGUCGAUGCUGGAGGAUGACCUGAAGAUCAGCAGUGACGAGGAGGAGGCCGAACAGCAGGUGUCUGACAAGACCAAAGCCAGAGGCGCAGCCCUAAGCGGCGCGUCGGGCAGCAGCAGUGAGUCAGAGAGCAGCUCCGAGUCCGACACCGACGAGUCCGAGAGCAGCUCCAGUGACAGCGAGUACAACAAGGCGUCCCGCACCAACACUCCCGAGCCGGAGCCGCCGUCCUCCAACAAGUGGCAGCUGGACAGCUGGCUGAAUAAAGUCCAGGCCCAAAGCAAGCCCCUGGUGCCCCCGCAGCCGGACCACCACGGCUCAGGCUCCCUCGGCCGCGGUCCGGGGACCUUCUCCCCCGGCGAUGGAGCUCCGGGAGCGCCGGCGGCCGCCAAGACCAAGGCCGCAGCGUCCAGCGGCGCUCCGGUUCCAGCCGCAGCCGCCGCCGAGCACAAGGACACGCGGGCAGCCUUCUGCUCGGGCAGAGACAAGGCCAAGGCCAAGCUGAGCCAGAAGGCAUCCGGGGAGGGCCAGAGGUCCAAGAUGAGGCUGUCACCCGGCCUGUUGUCAGGACCAGAGGUCACGACCCCCAGGAGGAACACCACCGGGAAGAAGCAGCCCAAACGCACCGAACGGUCCAGCAGCGCCGAGGACAAUCAGAGCCAGACAUGGAGCCGAGGGACCCAGCACAGCCCCGCCGCCAGGGACAAGGACCUGCCGCCGCCGCCCUCCCUGGAGCACCAGAACCCCCUGAGGCCGCGGAGCAAGCCCCCCAGCGGGAAGACGGCCCCCAGGAAGGAGCCCCGCGGGGCCGCCGGCCCCAACGCCGCCGCUCCGGCGGCAGCGGCGCUGCAGCAGCAGGCCGCCGCGCCGCCCGCAGCAGCUGGCGCCGCCAACCAGGACAAGAGGAAACACAGGGGCCCCAGCACCAGAAUCACGCCCAAGUCCCGGGAGUUCAUCGAGACGGACUCGUCCUCGUCCUCGUCCGAGUGUCCGUCCGACACGGAGGAGGCGGUGAAGGUCCCCGCGCUGCCGCCUCAGGCGCCGCGCGCCGCCAUCAACACGCACACUCUGUCCAACGCGCACGUGCACACGCCUCUCCUCCCGUGCCUCGGCGCGGCCGGGGGCGCCGGGGGUCUGGGGACGUUCGGAGGGAAGGGACUCCGAGUCAAAGACGGCGGCGGCGGCGGCUUGUCCGCUAACGGCGGCGGCGGUGGCAGUAACGGCGGCGCCCUUAUCGGCUGUAACUCUCUGAGCAUCGGCAACGUCAGCGGUCCAUUUGGGACUUCCGUUCCGGAUCCUGGGGGGUUGGGGGGGCAGACCAAGGACCUGGAGGCCAUGUCCCCACCGUCCAGCAUGGGACACGACGUGCCCGUGUCCCCGCUCAGAGAUUACCACGAGCUCCAGAGUCUGUGGGUGAAAAUCGACCUGAGUCUGCUGAACAGGGUGCCGGGGCAGGGCGCAGGGGACAGACCCAGGACCGGGACUUCAGAGCGAGACGGAGGCGACGGGAGAGACAGGGACAGACUGGAGGACAGGAUGGCAAGCAAUCCCAGGCUGGCCGGGAGGACGGACAGAGGAGACGCCGCAGGGAAGCACAGGAGACAGGCGGCGAACGCAGGGACGCCGACAGAGAAACACACCAGCAAGAGCAAGAGGAGACACAAGUCCGACCACGGAGAGUCCUCACUCAGCGGCAGCAAGAAGCUGCGACUGGACAAGGACUGCCUGCUGCUGCCGCCCUGCAUCUCGCCCAUCCACACCCACAAGAGCAGCUCGGCAGACGACAGAGGAAAUAUUUUCCUGCGUCUCGGCGCCAUCAAAGAGCAGCAGCAGCAGCGAGAGGUGGAGGCUGGAGGAGGGAGCGACCCGGAGCUGAACCGGCGGCGCCGCCUGGCUGCGUCCUCAGGGGCGCUGUGGUCGUUCUGGGUAGAUUCUGUAAACAGGAAGCAGUCUCGACGGCGGGACGAGAAGCUCCUCCCCCCUCUCCUGUCCCCGCUCUCCGACGACCCCCCUCGCAAACGCCCGUGCGACGGCGCUUCCUCCCUCGUCCAGGAGGGCGGCGCCGUUCCCGCCGCCGCCACCGGGUUACUGCCCUGCUCCUCUUCCUCCUCCUCCUCCUCCUCAGCCUCCUCUUCGUCACACAGACACAGGAGGGGGGAGGGGAAGGCUUCGUCGCACGUCAGAAUCGAAGUGGAUUCCCACGGCGAGAAGCCCUGCGGGGACGUUUACCACGCCAACGGACAUUCGGACUCGGAGGCGUGGUCGGAGCAGCUGAUGGACCCCGCAGAACCCCGCAGACCACGACUGUCAUUCAGCGACACCGUCCACAGCGCCGACUUCUACAUGCAGGAGGCCAAGAGGCUGAAGCACAAGGCCGACGCUUUGAUGGACAAGUUUGGUAAAGCGGUGAACUACGCCGACGGCGCGCUCUCCUUCAUUGAAUGUGGGAACGCCAUGGAGCGAGAUCCGCUGGAGGCCAAGUCGCCGUACACCAUGUACUCCGAGACCGUGGAGCUCAUCAGGUAUGCCAUGAGGCUGAAGAACUUCACCAGCCACUCCGCCACCGUGUCCGAGAAGAAGCUCGCCGUGCUCUGCAACCGCUGUCUGUCUCUGCUGUAUCUGAGGAUGUUUCAUCUGAAGAAAGACCACGCUGUCAAGUACUCACGCUCGCUCAUGGAGUACUUCAAGAAUUCAGCCAAGACUUCCCACCAAGCACCGUCUCCAUGGAGGACCAAUGGGAAGGUCAACGGGACGCCGUCCCCCCUAUCGCUCAGCCCGUCGCCCGCCGGCAGUGGAGGAGGAGGAGCCGGGGGAGGGUCCGGUCCCCCGCCGGGGUCUUCGGGCAGCGUGGCCAUCCCCCAGAGGAUCCACCACAUGGCCGCCAGCCACGUCAACAUCACCAACAACAUCCUGCGCAGCUACGAACACUGGGAGACGGCCGACAGGCUGGCCGCCGACGGACAAGACUUCUUCCAGGAGCUGGACUCGGUGAUGGAGCCGCUGAGUCAGCAGAGCAGCAUGACGGAGCUGGUCCGCUACGUCAGGCAGGGACUGCACUGGCUCCGCCUGGAGGCCCACCUGCUCUAGAGACGGCUCCACGCCAGCUCCGCCCAGAACGAGGCUCAAGGGA